AACAAAAGGUGCAUCCAGAGAGAGAGAGUCAGAGAGAGAGAGAGAGAGAGAGUCAGAGAGGGCGGGAGGAGGUCGAUCUGAAGCGGAAGAAAAUCUUUGCCGAAUCACCAGGAAGUAAAGUGACGGAGCUGAAAAGGAGCUACAGAGGGGCUAAUCUUCUGACUGCUCAAGAAUCUGGAAUUGAUUGAAACCCUAAUGAUGUGCCCUUAAACGAGAUCAUUGUUCUUACAAUUUUCUGAUGUAGAUUGAUGGCGAACAAUGGGAAUGAGGAUUUUUAUUACAACCUCUCAAGGAAAGAGCUUCAAACAUUGUGCAAAAGAUAUGGCUUGCCUGCAAAUAAAUCGCACUCGGAUUUGGCAAUGUCUCUGAUUGCUUACUUACAGGAGGGUUUUGGUGGUCCAAUGUAUAAUCUCUGGGGGAAUUUUUAUGCUCAAUGCAAUGGGAAUGGUCUUAGCCAUAACGAGUACCCAAGAAAAUACUCAGUUGACGAUUCUUUGGGUUUGGCAAGAGAUAGAACCAUGGAAAAUGUGCCUGAAACUGAAAGUAGGGAGAUAAAUUUCAGUGCAUACCCUGCUCAAACUGCUGUUGAUUGUUCCGUGGAAACUCCUACACAAGUUCCUUCCUCUUCUUUUGAGUUUCAUGUUAGGUCAGAAGAGGGGAUUAAUCUUUAUGUUGACUUCAAUUCGAGCCUAUCUGAGUGGACCAAGAGGUUCAAAAGUGAGGUUUGCACAUGUCAAAAUGUGCACAGAAACAAGUCUAUGAGUCUUUAUGAGGACCUUGGGUGCAUUGGAAAAGGUGAUAAAGAAAAGAGAAGUUCCUUCAUACAGAACAUAAAUUAUGGGUACAUUGAAGAUAAAGAACCGACAAAAAGUGACAAUGUGGGCCUUGAUCAUUCUGUUAAACUAGCUGAAACUUCAGUAACCUCAGCAGUAAGAUCGUGCAACAUGGCUGCAGACGUGUCAGAGCAUUUGGUGGAAGAUCAAGCACUUGUCUCAUCUAAACUUGACUCGGCUCCACUGAAGCAGAUAAUUUCUGGUGCUCAUUCCUUUGCUAUAGAUGGCUCUUUAAUCAAGCUUGAUUCAAAUGUCCUUAAUAAUUUCCAGAAGUCCAUCUGUGCUCCUGCUGUCAACUCGUUAUCAAAAGGUCAAUUAAGUCCUGUCAUAAUGGAGCAUCAAAAUUCAAACCUCAAUAAUUGUCUGAAUCCAACCCUGCAGAAUAAUUAUAGCCCUGUCAACCUUAGUGUGGUAUAUCCUGGAUGCUCAGCUAGUGCUUCUAUAGAGAUGCAGUCAUCAGAGGUUGUGAGGUGCUCCAAAGACAUAUCAUGUUCACCUUGUGGAAAUGGAGGAUUGGUGGGUCUGUUCGUACAAAAGGACAAUUUAGAAACAGAACUUGGAAUAAUCAGCUCAUGUGAGCAGGUUCCUGAUCUGCUGGGGAACUACGUGCCAAAAUCUGCUGAAGCGUGGGAGAGGAACAACAUCACAAAUGGGAGGGAUAGUCCAGAAUGCUCACAGUUAACCAGUUCAGUUGAGAAGAACAGUUUCUGUUACGAUAAUUUGGAAUCUAAUGAAGAACUUUCCAGAAAGAGGAAACAUAUAGAAGGUGAACUUCAAAGUGGCUAUGGUAAUCCGGAUGCAAAGAAUUUAACAAGUAGGAAGCAUAUUACUAGGAAAGUCCUUCCUAGAAGAUCCGUGCGGCUGAUCUCUAAGGUUUUCUGAAGUAUCUUUUAACCAUGUGAUUGAUAGUGGUGUUCUGAUACCAUGAUAGGUUUUUGAAUUCAUUUUUUUGGCGUGAGUACGGAUAUAAAAUCAUUUAUAUUAGGUGAUAUAGCCGUUAUGUGAUCACAGAAAGUUUAGAACGAUUAAAAAUGCCUUUGAAUUUGUAUUAUUUAGCCUCCUAGGAGCAUUUUUCUUCACUAUACACUUUUACUUUUAUUUGAAACAUGAUGCACCUUUCUUUUUGCUUGUUUUUUAACAUUUGGGAAGGCCUCUUCUUUGUGUAAUUUUUUUUUCUGAUAACGUUCUUAUUAUCAAAGAAAAUCUUAUUCUAAUCACAUAAUGAAUGAUUUCAUCCACUUGCUUUCGGAAUGCUUCUUACUAUCUAAACAAAGUUAGGUUUUGAUGUAUUACACAUGAAAUGAUGCACAAACUCCUGACUUGUGCAUUAACUUUCUAAUUUUUGCCCAUUUGCGCACAUAUAGUUGUUAAUGGCCUUUUGCAAAUGCAAUCACCAAACAGAGAAAAAAGGAGAGAACUUUGACUUCCUAGCUUUAUCAUGCUUUGCCAUACGAGGUCAAUUUUGAUUCUUAAAUUAGCCUAGCAAAAGGAAAGGUUUCAUGCCAUUUAAUGCCCCAUGCCUUAAGAAAUCUGGGACAUUCUUAUUGUGCAACUGAUUUAGGGCUUCACAUUUUGCAUGAUAUUCUUGGCU